AUGGAGCCCCUAUUGGUCGCGGCAUCGGCGGCCGCGGAUGCCCAGCCAAUCGCCCUAUCCUCAUCAUCCGCCUCUUCGAACAUCCGAAGCUGGUUGCCGGCCAAGGCACAGCUCAGUAUGAAGAGCCGUCUCUUCUCCAAGAACGUCCUUCGCAGCAAAGAUGUGUGGGCUGCUGGAGCUACGCCAACAUAUGGAUCCAUGGUGGUCUAUGCACUCCUCUUUGUCGGAGCAUGCUCUCUCGUCUAUCUGCUCUUGUUCAAGCCCUCCAAUGCUACCAACGGAAAACCGCUCUGGCAGUUGUCCACCAUGCUCGCCGAUGAUGCCACCAUCAAUCGCCUCGACAACCAACUCGACAGCGACGAGUACGAGGACGAGGAAGGAUCUUCCCGCUCGUCUGGAUUCCUUGCCAAUUCGAAAGAGAGGCUCGCACUCCGCAAAAUGUUGGGCAGAAACGAUCACACCCUUACUAGACGCAGCAGCAUCGUCCGCAUUACCUCUUCAGAUCCCACCAGCAGUUUAUGCGAUCAUCCUAUGCAGGUCGACCUCGAGCCUCCAACGCGUCGCUCCUUUUGGCCGGCCCCUGCCUCUGCCAAUACCCCGCCAUCCGACUCGAGCACACCCAACAGUCCCAUCAUCCCGUCGCCCGUCCUGGCUGCCACCAAUCUGCGAUCCUCAUCUGGCUCUCCUACCCCUACUGCAUCCCGGCGACGAAAGGAAAGCGGCAGGCUACACACGGCUAGUCCCAGUCGUUCACCCCUUGGAUCCGGUGCAACGCGCAGUCGAUCAGCGGAUGCGCGGUCGCCUCUGAGCCGCCAAGCUGCCAGGAACAAGAGGAACAGCACUUCGAGUCUUGGUGCCACCGACGGAGCCUCCUCGAAAUCACUUCCAACUGCAGGCAAGCACGAUGCUGGGACGGAACACUUCGACGAGCACGACCAAAUGAGGCCAGGCACACCGAGCAUGGAGUCCGAAGCCUCUUCUGCCUCGGCAGCCUUGGGCCAUUCGUCGGCAUUUGCUCAAUACGACCACGGCCCCUUCAACUCUUCUGCUUGCUCCUCGCCCACCUCGAGCACAUUUUCCAUCAGUCGAGCACCGUCCAUCCUCAAUCGUCGACCACAGACCUUCCGCACAGCCUCUUUGCGCGAAAUUGACAUCUCGUACAGUCUCAUGCAACGCAAAGAGUCGCUGCCCUUCUUUUCCGGUGACCACAAUCCAGCUCUUGUACAACAGCAGCAGCAGCAGCAGCAAGAAGAGCUGCUGCAAGCAGCGAACGGCAUCUUUCUGCCGCCGCUAGGUGCCAGUUCUCCCGCUCCGCCGCCUUAUCAGCCUAAUACACCAACAGAGCCUGCACCCUCUUGGUCGCGAACUACCAGGACGAGGAGCAUCAAGCUUGUGGAGCCGGAUUGGCGGCCUCAUUUCGAGUCUCACAUUCGGGCUCGCGAGCGUCUUGAGACGGCCAUGCGCUUUGCUGCACUCCACGGGUAUUCCUCCUCUUCUGUAAAUGUAGACGAGUAUGGCGACGACCAAUUGGGGGAUGAUUUCUGGUUCGAGAGAUUCACACAGAGCACGGCAGCUGCGGGCAGGGACUGGGACUGGAGGAAACGGAGGGCGAGACUGCAGCGUGCGGCUACACUCGGGAUGGCGCUUGGCCAGAGUGGGCUCGCUUCCCAGCCUGGCGGCACAUUACCAGGAAACGUUGGAUUGACGGAUGUCCAGUUGCAGCAGCAACAGGAAGGUGCACCAACACCGGCAGCCCAAGUAGCCUCGCCCACACGCAAGCACAUGCCUCUCCCCACGCCACUCAUCACAUUCACCGAACAGGAGCUCAAGACUGCGCCUAACCUGAAAAUCGAUACCGAGACCGGACGCCGUUCGCUGUCACGCGGCAGCAGCGAGGCUUCGCUCAGCCCCACCGCACAGGGCCCGGGUACACCCAUGAGCCCCACACCGAGCGGAACGGGCACGCCGCUGGGUGGCAUCUUUGGAGCGGCAGCCGCUCCGUCUGCAGACAGCAUGAACCUCGUAAUGGCCGCACGCGUCGCACAGCGCAGACGAGCGAGCGACGACGCCAAUUUUUCGCAGCUCGCAGCUGGGCCGCAGGGUCCGAAGAGGGGUGUCGUCAACAAGAUUGCUCGUCGGAGACUUUCGGCGUCCGCAGCUGCUGGUAUUCCCAGCUCGCCUGGCCCGUCGUCGUUGAACGGCAACCCGUCGACGCCCAGCGUGGAAGGCGGCUCAUUGUUCCGCUCGUACUCCGCGUCUUCUCCGCUCGCGGAGUCGUCCAGUGGCUUCGAGUACAGCGGUGGCAGUAGCAGCGCGUCGGUCGAGGCGGUGUCGAAGCCGUCAGCGAGCUUGCCAUCGAGCCUGAGUGUUCCUGGACGACUGAGCAGCUUGGGUGGGAAUGUGGGGAAGGUUAGUUUAACUCACUUGCGUGCUGGGUUCAGAAGAGACUCGGGGGGGAACGAGUUCCUGCCCGAUUCGAGCGGGAUCGAGCUGGUGCCGAACUCGCCCGAGCUUCGUGAUGAGGAGCCUGGCAACGUUGCUGCGUACUUGGACGGCGCAGCAUCGUCAGAAGGACCGAGGAGCAGUGCUGAUGCAUACAGUUUCGCCUCUCACUCAGCAGAGGAUAGGGAGCCACAGUCACCAACCUCUCAGCGCUCAGCCUCGGCGUCUAGCCAUAGCGCUGGUUGGCAGGUGACACCCGAGACACCCAUCAAAACCGACACUCGCCCACGCAAGGCGCAACCACCGAUCUUCCGUGGAGGCUCUGCAUUCGGCAAGCAAACCUCGUCACCGCCUUCGACCACGACAUAUCACCACCACGAUGACAUCGAAGAGCUGCGCAACGACUCGGCGGAGCGUGACUCGAUCUCGCGUGGCUCGAACUCGUCCGAUUCGCUGCGACGCAAGAUGCGUGCUCGUUCUGCCACCGAAUCUUCCCCCUCUUUCGGAGAUGCCGUGCAGCACAGUGGUGCGAUCACAGCGCGCAAGGACGGCCUUGCAGCACUGUCUGCGGGUCUACCUACUUCGUCUCCGCCUGCAGUGAGGGCAAAGGCGAGAAAUGGCUCGCGGUCGAGCAUCAUGCGCAGUGCGAGUGGCGCGCAUGUCGAUCUAGAUCGCACGGCUAGGCGACGUGCUCCGAUGCGCCAGGGCUCGGACACGUCGUCGAUUACGGGCAGCACGGGCUCACGCAGUGGGUCGGUGCGCUACAGUGGCUCACCGCAGCGCACGAGGAAGGAUAGCAGCGCCGGCGCGGUUGAUCUGCAUAUGCAGCCGGAGCCCGCGCCAAGGGGGAUGGCGCAGCGCGCGAGGAGUGCGUCCCUGAGCAGCAACGCGAGCAGCAGCUUGACUUCCCGGGAUGGCAGUCGGACGGCGAGCAGGAGUAACAGCUUUAGGGAGGGGGGUGCAGCGGGCGCGGGGAUGCUGGGGUUGAGUAUGACCAGUAGCGGUGCGGCGGCGUAA